GAAAAAAGGUCUGAGCUUUGAGGAGAAGAGAGUUCGCAUGAUGGAGAUAUUUUUUGAAACAUGUCUUUCAUGUUUUGCACAGAAAGAUGUGUUCCAGCUGAAGGAUAUAGAGAAGAUUGCCCCAAAAGAAAAAGGGAUUACCUCAAUGUCAGUGAAAGAGAUUCUGCAGAGCCUAGUUGAUGAUGGCAUGGUGGACACUGAUAGAAUUGGAACUUCCAAUUAUUUCUGGGCUUUUCCAAGUAAAGCUCUUCAUGCCAGGAAGCGUAAAUUGGAAGAGUUGGAGUCUCAGUUCACUGAAAGCAGGCAGAAAAAAGAGGCCUUACAAAAAAGCAUUGAGAAAUCCAAAAUUGGACGUGAAGAUACUCCAGAACGUGCAGCUCUGAUAGAGGAACUUGCUGCCCUUCGGCAGAAAAAAGAGCAGCUAAAGGCAGAAAUAGACAAGUACAGAGAAUGUGAUCCAGACGUCGUUGAAGAAAUGCGCCAAACAAACAAAGUAGCCAAGGAGGCAGCCAAUAGAUGGACAGAUAACAUCUUUUCAAUAAAGUCCUGGGCCAAACGUAAGUUUGGAUUUGAAGAGAGCAGAAUUGAUAAAGGUUUUGGAAUCCCGGAAGAUUUGGAUUACAUUGAUUAGUGUUCAGUUGAUGGCUGGCACAGUUGUACAUAGUUUGUUAAAUAUUCACAGUUGGCAUUUAAAUGUGUAUCUGAAUCCUUUCCAAACAACUGACCACCCUUUAAUUGGCAGAUUUUGUUGAAGUUAAUAAAAUUCUGGAAAU